GCAUCCCAUUCUCAUUCUAUAAACAAGAAGUAGGCUCCUUAGUUUUAGAGAGCAGGAAAUGGCAGGUCGUCCGUACAACACAUGCCUUUUGUUGGCUAUAUCUCUACUUGUGUUGAUUGCAUUAUCCAACGUUGUUGAGGGAUACAAUAAACUUCAUCCUAAAGAUUGCAAUUCGAGAUGCAACUACCGUUGUUCGGCAACAUCCCACAAGAAGCCAUGUAUGUUCUUCUGUCAAAAGUGCUGUGCUAAGUGCUUGUGUGUGCCCCCAGGGACUUACGGCAAUAAACAAACAUGCCCUUGUUACAACAAUUGGAAGACUAAGGAAGGAGGUCCUAAAUGCCCAUAAAAUAAACCAUUUUAUUUAAUCCAUAAUCUAUAUAAGUACUCUAUUUUUACUCAAAGGGCAAUAAACAAACUUGCCCAUUGUUUGUUUCGAAUGCCAACAAAGUUUAAGAGAAAUGCUUGUUCGAAAUGAAGUUGUAGAACAAUAUAGAGAAAUAUGAGCUACUCAUGCUUUGAAGUAGUCUUACCUAUACUAGUUUACCUUUAUAUAUAAGUGAAUUAUGAUGUACUUAUAGUGUGGUUGUAUACUUGAAUUACGAUUGAAAUUGAAGCUUGUCAAUCUAUUGUCUCUCCAUGUUUUUGUUAUUGA